AUGUCCUUCACACCCUGCUCCUGGAACGCCUACAUGAACCACUACUCCGCAUGCUUCCGACCCUGCCACACCGACUACCUGCUUCAAAUUCUGGACAACGGCACCUGCGGAACAAACUACACUGCCAUCGCAGAAAGCACGUCCAAAUCCACCUUGAAAUGCAUCUUUGGAUUGGGAGUAUUUGGGCUUAUGAUGAUUUGUGUGCGUAUGCGAGGGUAUGUCUGGGGCGGAGAGGAUGACGGUGAUGAUGUCUGGUGGUGGUUUGACGACUGGGGCUGUGGUGUUGGGGUUGUUGGUUUUGGGUGGGUAGGAGGACUUUCUAUUGGAAUUAUCUGGGGGUAUUGA